ACCCAGCUAUGUAAUAUCAUCAGUGCUAGAAGAGAGUGGUGUUUCCCCUCUGUUUAUAUUGGCUCGCCCCAUCAAUUUGGUGGGAGUCUUCUUGGGAGUUCCUUGAUUAGCGUGUUGUUUAUUGAGUUGGUUAUACCAGUUAUACGCCAGCGUUGAAGGUCCAUGUGGCCUACAGUAAAAUGGUAUCUUACUCACUGUGCUCCUUGAGGGGGUCUCCUUUCCCCAACACGACCCGUAGCUUCCUGGAUUAGCCACCUCUGCUCUUUGUCCUGACUCGGUCUUAGAACUCUCAAGAUCCUCACAUCUUCUCUCUUCCCUGUUGUCUGUGUCUGGCUCUCGUUUCCUUCGUAGAACGCCACCCGGAGAUCUGCAGACUCGGCCAUGAAUGGACACGUGGUCCCAUCAGGAGACUCCGGAGACCCCGGCGGGUGGAACGAGUUCUGCAAGCAGCACGCUAUCACCACCGCCCGAGAGCUCGCCAGGGAGUACCUCCACUUUGUCAGCGAGAACCCCCAGCACGAAGUUUUGGCCGCCGAGAACUUCUCCCUUCAGUUUGCGGACCUCUUCCAGCAGUAUUUCCGCCACGAGGUGAAGGACACGUACGGUACGGAGCACCUCCGCAUCCUGCCCUUCCGCGAAGUGCGGGACUACCGGGAGACCGGCCAGAAACAUGCGGAGGGCUCCUCGGUCACGGUUGGGACCAAGGCCGAGGUGGACUUGUCGGACCAGGUCAACCGGCCCGCUGAGGUCCGCUCCGGUGGACUUCCCAAGUCUUGGAGUUCUGAAGAACUGGCGGCCCCCGCCUCUCCGUUGGCCAUCAGGAGACAUUUUUCUCUGGACCGGCUACGGAAGAGCUGGCGUAGCUUGUUCCGCCGGAGAUCCUCGGAGCCGGCUCCUGGCGAAGGGGAGAUGGCGGACGUGGUUUUGAGAUCCAGCCUGGCCCAGAAGAUCUUCCCGUGGACCGUCUCCAGGGAGUGCUCCUGGCAGAUCCAGAAAGACGGGAACCUGAAGUACAUGAUGGUGACGGAGGACAGUGGGACCUGCUGGCAGAAAUGCCGGCUGGUUUUAUACAAGGAAGGGUCUCCCGACCGCCAGAAUUACGCCUUGGCGCUGUUUGAUCCCCCCAAGAGCUCCCGGCCCAAACUGCGAUCCGCCUGCGCGGCCAUCCGAGAGACCCGCGCCUGCACUCGGCUGGAGAUGCCCGACCACCUGCACACCUUUGUGGUCAAGGUCAAUGCCUCCACCGAAAUGAUAUUCCAGGCUGCAGACGAGCAGCAACUGGUGGCUUGGAUAGCGGAGAUCCAGCAAUGCCUCCCCAGAUCGGAAGGAGGCAACCUGGAGGGGAGCGCAGACCCUCACUCGGAGGCCGGCACCCCCAGCCCUGCCAACAGCAGCAACGACUCCCUGCACCAAGGGGCCUUUCUCUUCAGGCCCGCCGAGCAGCCGGCCCAGAGGAUCGACCACUACUUGUCCGCCUUCCCCUGGUUCCACGGCCCGAUCUCGCGGGUCAAGGCCGCCCAGUUGGUCCAGCUCCAAGGCCUGGAAGGACACGGCGUCUUCCUCAUCCGGCAGAGCGAAACCCGGCGGGGGGAAUACGUGCUGACCUUCAACUUCCAGGGAAAAGCCAAGCACCUGCGGCUUUCCCUGACCGAGCGGGGCCAGUGCCGAGUUCAGCACCUCCACUUCUCCUCCAUCUUAGACAUGCUGCACCACUUCCAGCACUGCCCCAUCCCGCUCGAGUGCGGCACAGCCUGCAACGUCCAGCUCUCCCGGCACGUGGUGGUCAUCCCGCCCCUGCAAGGUGCUCCUGUUGGCUGA